AUGGACAGACAAAGCGAGAGUGAGACACCGCUUACUCUUGAAAUGGAACAAGACACAGAAGAAAAGCCGAUUGCCUAUGCCAGACUGGUUGUGAAAUACUCGAAAUACGCCUUCGGUAUUGGAGUGUGUGUUCAGAUCUUCAUGAUUUUGUUAACAGUAAUCUUACUGCUAAGUGGUUAUGAUAUUGUAAGUCCUGAUUUCUCAACUCUGCCAUUAUUCCUGAACGAAGACUCGACAAAAUUGCGAACAGAUGCUUGGAAGAACGUUCACAGUGACGAUUCUAUUACACCAAGCUCCUCCGUGACGACUGGGCAGAAGGAAAGAAGUAUCCAAUACUCUCAGCUGGAAUUGUUCUAUGAAUCCAGAGAUGGCAAUGUAUUCACCAAAGAAAACCUGAGACGAAUCAAAGCAAACGAAGAUUCACUAUUCGAAGACCAAACGUACAAAAGUGAACUGUGUCAAAUGCAAACCGUCGGCUCAAAUCAGACUUGUAAACCACCAUUAUCCAUCAUCAGGUUUUUUGACGGUACUUUUAAAUCUAUCGAUGCUACUUUUGAUGAUUCGGGCUUCGAUAAUAUAGUUGCAGUGCUAGAAAGAGCAAAAAAUAUCACAUUGACCGCAGCCAUCUUGAAUUUUCAUAUCGGAAGAGACGCUGUCAUCGACAUGAACAGAAACAUAGCAAUCUCGAAGUACACAAGAUCUCUCGUGUACUUCGGUUGGCCCAUGAAAGGAUACUUUUCAACAGAGCAGAAAGAACAGGAACAAAAAGAGAAGACUGAUGAUAUCAUAACUGAUGUUUUUAGUGACAGGAUGAACGAAAUCUACAAAGAUAAACUUGGUGAUAUGAAUCUUUAUUAUUUUGAAAAGGCACUCCUGGGCAAAGCAAUGAAAUCACAAAUUAUCUAUGACAUGGCUUUGGCUAUCGCAAGUUUUGUGUUCAUAUUUGCGUUCAUGUUGCUACAAACGGGUUCUUUUUGGAUCACAUCCUGGGGUAUCUUUAGCAUCAUAUCCAGCUUCAAUAUCGCCAACUUCAUCUAUCGCGUCGUGUUCGACUACAAAUACAUUGGUAUAUUUCACGUUCUCGUCAUUUUCAUAAUUCUUGGCAUCGGUUCUGACAACAUUUUUGUUUUUAUGGACACAUGGAAAGAGUACGGUCGCAAUUAUCCCAAUUUGGACCUCACAAUUCGAUUGUCAAAGGUAUUUCGAAGUGCUGCUAAGGCUACCUUCAUCACUUCCCUCACAACAACUAUCGCAUUUCUAUCAAACGUCCAGUCACCAUUACUUGCAGUCUCAUCUUUCGGCCUCUUUUCGGCAAUCCUGGUCGCCGUCAAUUACUGUUCCUGCACUCUCUUCCUGCCAACGGUCGUUAUUUUUCACGAAAUGAGACGAAAAGGUCGUUGCUGCUUCUGGCCGAUAUGCCGCCGCACAAGACCCCAGCAACCGCUGGAAAUGCAAGAGGUUGAACAAGCAGACGGUAACGUGGACGGACCAAACGGAAAUUUCGUGAUCACGUUUCUUGGCGGUUGGUUCUAUGAGAAGAUCGUUACACAAAAAUAUACACGCUGGGGGGUCGUGGCGUUUUUCAGCAUCCUGGUUUGUGUGUUUCUUGGAUUCGCUGCGCAGCUUGGACCGGACAAAGAACAAGAAUUUCAAAAAUAUAAGUUCUUAAGUCAUCUUAAAAUGUUUUAUUUUGUUUCAAAGACUCAGGUGUUCGGUCCAAACACAAACUGGGGAAAAGUCGUUGAUUUGCGGAAGAGUGCGUUCAAACCAAGUCAAGAAGACAAUGUCAUUGUUGUUCAUAUCAUCUGGGGUUUGAAAGAACAAGACCGUAGCGAUUGUCAUAUGACUGAUUUCAAAUGUAAAGGAAGAACAGUGUUUGAUGAAAGCUUUGACAUGAAUCUCAUUCCAUGUCAAACUUCUCUGCUGACAUUUUGUGAUGAUCUUCAAAAUUUACGAAGCGAACAAGAGUAUGAUCUAAGACUACGACGAAGUGAAGUCACCGGAAAGGUUGAAGUACAGUGUAUUUUCGAGAGACUGGAUGAGUGGUUGACGAUUGAAAGUAACAAGUCGAAAUAUCCUGAUGGAUCUGAUUUCAGUCUUCCUACAAGUGGAGAAAAAAUACGACAGUUAAUGAUCGCGAAUCCUCAACUUUUUAACGUCUCCUUGUUGCCAGAUACAUACUACAGGUUCUUUGAGGUGGCGCUUGGAUUCUUUAUUUUUGAUGGUAAAUCCCCCGAGUACGCAAAUAGUUACGAUUUUGAAAUAUAUAGUCCAUUGAUUGGAGGAACUCUAGAUACCAGCAUGGAAAAAGGAUCAAAGAAUCUCAUACAAGGAAAUAAGUACGGUCAUCGUUUAAAGUUUAUGGCCAUUGCACUGAACACAACAUUGGACCCUUCUUCCCUAUCCUACAAAGAUGGAUUACCAAUCUACAAUAAUUGGGAGGACUUUGUUAACGAAAAGAUUUUAGUGCGAAGUGCAAUUACAGGCAUUUUAAUUGGUCUGUUUUCGUCCUUCGUCGUUCUUGUUAUGGCAACAACGAAUAUCAUAGUUGGAACUCUUGCUUCGUUGACCAUUUCCCUGAUCACAUGCUCCGUACUUGGUAUAAUCGCAAUGAUUGGCUGGAAGCUCGGAGUUCUCGAAUCACUGAAUCUCACAUUAGUCGUCGGUCUCGCAGUUGACUAUGUGGUUCAUUUGGCAGAAGGUUACAUGGACCUAGUUGGUCAAGAUCGGCUGACUAAGGUCCGUCACACCCUUACCCAUGUUGGAAUCUCAGUUCUCUCAGGCGCUUGUUCUACACUCGGGGCGUCGGUUUUUAUGCUGGGAGCGAAAAUUGUUUUCUUUUUUCAAUUUGGAAUUUUCAUGUUUUGCACCAUCGGGCUCUCAAUCUUGUUCUCCCUGGUAUUCUUCACCACCGUGCUAGCUCUGGUUGGACCAGAGCAAGAUGAGAAAGGCUCGACCAAGCCUCCUCUAAAGUAUUGUAUCGACCAUAUUUGGGGAAAGAGAAAGAAUAACACAUACUGUGAAAGAUGCGGUGGAAAAGGUUUUGUUCCGCUGGGCAAUGGACAGGAUGAAGACGAACGGUAA